CAGAAGCUACUCACCAUCAUCGCAGACCAGAGACGCAGCCGAUUACACCCUCACUCAUACACGUACGUCACUCAUCACUCCCACCUCCACCACCAGCCCACGACAUGGCAAAGGAAGGCUCAAAGGAUGAGCGCAAGGCCGCAAAGAAGGCCGCAAAGGCAGCAGCGGCAGCAGCAGCCUCCACUGCCGCCGACGACACUGCCAUGUCGGUAGAUGUAGUCGUCGCCGCACCCGAGGCCACCACUUCCGUCGCAGCAACCGAAGAAGCCAAAAAGGAGAAGAAGGAAAAGAAGAGCAAAAAGGAAAAGAGCGAGGUGGGAGAUGUGACAAUGGAUGCAGAGGAUGCAGCAGAUGAGGCAGAGGUGGACAUGAGCACAAUUAGCCCGAUUGCAAGGCCACUUGCUGAGAAGAAGCUGUCAAAGAAAGUCUUCAAGACGAUCAAGAAGGCGUCCAAGUCAAGAGGGCACGUCAAGCGAGGAGUAAAGGAGGUGGUCAAGGGUCUGCGCAAGGGCGAGAAGGGUCUGGUCAUCCUUGCCGGCGACAUCUCCCCGAUGGACAUCCUUUCCCACAUCCCCAUUCUCUGCGAAGAGCAAAACGUCCCUUACAUCUUCGUCUCCUCCAAGGAGUCUCUGGGUGCCGCCUCUUCGACAAAGAGGCCUACCAGCACAGUCAUGGUGUGUCCCGAUGGUGGUAAAUUGGCAAAGAAGAAGGGCACGGGGAGUGAGAUGAAGGAGGAUUACAAGGACGAGUUUGAGAGUGUGGAGAAGGAGGUGAGGAAGCUGGGUGAGAAGCUAGUCAUGGGAUGAGCGAGGAGCGCUCCUGUGUCAGAUGGAAGUGGGUGUGGCAGCUAGUGGUAGCGCAGGGCAGGCUGGCCCAACUCUACAG